AAUCUGUUUAGAGCUUGGCUCUGUGAUUUCAGAUCAUUUGAUCUUGAUUACUUCAAAUCAUGUCUCAGAUGAAGGAGCUAAACCACCUCAAAAUCCCCCUCGAAGCCAUUAAGAAUUGUUCCCAAGACUUCAAUGAAACAAACUUCAUUGGAAAGGGUGGAUACGGAAGGGUCUACAAGGGAAUCCUCUUCUGGAUGGAUUACCAAAACUUACCGGUUGCAGUGAAACAACUAGAUGUCACAGGGUUUCAGGGCAGUAAGGAAUUUUACACGGAGAUCCAAAUGCUUUCUCAAUAUCGACAUAAGAACAUUGUAACCCUUAUAGGGUUUUGUGAUGAUGGCAAUGAGAUGAUCCUUGUCUACGAAUAUGCAAGCCGUGGAAGCCUUGAUACAUAUUUAAGUGACCCUUCUAUGUUGGGACAACUAUCAUGGGAAAAGCGUCUUGAUAUAUGUGUUGGUGCUGCCUCUGCAUUAGAUUAUCUUCACAAUCAUGUUUCAACAAACCACAGAAUAAUUCAUCGUGACAUAAAAAGCGCCAACAUUUUGUUAGACGAGAAUUGGAAUGCAAAACUUUCAGAUUUUGGGUUAUCUAAGAUAUGUCUAGCAAAUCAACAAAACACCUUUGUGGUCACUAACUUUGCCGGCACAUAUGGUUAUUGUGAUCCACAAUAUGAAAGGACAGGUAUUUUAACAAAAGAAUCGGACGUAUAUUCAUUUGGUAUGGUAUUGUUCGAAGUUUUGUGUGGAAGAUUGGCAUGUGUAUUAAAGUACCAUGACGAGAGACGAUUCCUCCACCAUUUGGCUCGAACUUGCUACCAAAAUGGAGAGUUAGACAAGAUUAUUGAUCAUAGAAUAAGGGAACAUAUCAUGGCAGAACCGUUGAACAUGUUUUCAGCUAUUGCAUAUCAAUGUUUACACAAAACUCGAGAACAACGUCCUACAAUUGCUGAGGUUGCACUCACACUUGAGAAUGUCUCCAGAAUUCAAAUUGGAGCCCCUAUCAUCAAGACUUCCAACCAUCCUCCAUCAUCAUUCUCAUCCACAAGUUCAGAAGAUUUGCCGGGAAUAGAAGACUUCCAAAUACAAGGGGAUGCCAAACCAGGCGGUAAACUUAUGUGCUGUGGAUAUUCGGUGCGUGGGACCUCAUCAUGCACGUUUCGGUGGGUUCGUCACCUUCUGGAUUGCACUAAGGAGUACAUUGAGGGAGCCGUAAUGCCGGAAUAUGUAGUUACAGCUGAUGAUGUUGAUAAACUUAUUAGUGUUGAGUGCAUACCAAACAAUUACCAAGGUCGUAAGGGGGAAAUGGUGCGACUUUUCGCCAAUGAGCAGAAGAAAAUAAUGUGUGAUCCAGAAAUGCAACAGGAACUAGACAAAUAUAUGUCGGUCGGUCAAGCAUCAUUUAGUGUUCUGCUGCUGAUGGAUUCUUCUGAGGAAUGGGAGCAAGCAACUCUCUCUUUGGAACGAUCGAGCUACCAAAUAAAAGUCGAUCGGACACAAGACAUCUUCGUCCACGAGAAAUAUUCCAAUGGUUUAUCGAUCAAAAUCCCUUCAAGACUUGCUACACAAUUUGUGCUGACAUGUUUGAAUGGUUCUUCUUAUUCUUUUGAUACAUUCAAUGAUGUUCGAAUUCGCGAUACUUUGGUGCUCACCAUGAGAAUGUUCCAAAGCAAGAUUGGAACCCCUAUCAUCAAGACUUCCAACCAUCCUCCAUCACCAAUCUCAUCCUCAACUUUAGAAGAUUUGCCAGGAAUAGAAGGCUUCCAAAUAAUUGGGGAUGCCAAACCGGGAGGUAAACUUUUAUGUUGUGGAUAUUCGGUGCGUGGGACCUCAUCAUGCAUGAUUGCAUGGGUUCAUCACCUUCUGGAUGGCACUUCGGAGUACAUUGAGGGAGCUACAAAUCCAGAAUAUGUAGUUACAGCUGAUGAUGUCGAUAAACUUAUUGCUGUUGAGUGUAUACCAAUGGAUGACCAAGGCCGUCAGGGGAAAAUGGUCCGACUUUUUGCCAACGAGCAGAACAAAAUAACGUGUGAUCCAGAAAUGCAACAGGAAAUAGACAAACAUAUGAUGGUCGGUCAAGCAUCAUUUAGUAUUUUGCUGCUGAUGGAUCUUUCUGAGAAAUGGGAGCAAACAACUCUCUCUUUGGAACGAUCGAGCUACCAAAUAAAGGUCACUCGGACGCAAGAUAUCAUCAUCCACGAGAAAUAUUCCAAUGAUUUAACGAUCAAAAUCCCUUUGGGACUUGCUACUCAAUUUGUGUUGACGACGAUGUCUUUGAAUGGUUCUUCACAUUCUUUCGAUACAUUCAAUGAUGUUCGAUUGCGUGAUACUUUGGUGGUCACCAUGAGAAUGUUCCAAAGCAAGGCAUUGGAAGACAAAAGGAAGUCAAAAGCAUGAAGCUUAUAUUCUUCAAUAUAGAUACAAGUGUUAUAUAUACUCAUUCUUUGUAGAAAUGAAGUAAGGAACAAUAGAACUAGUUUUAAGAAGGUUUUGUUGUUGUAGAUUGGAAUCGAUGAGUAAGAGUGCGAACAAGGAUGUGUUGGUUUACAUCUGUGUUUGUUUCUUGUUGAUUUUUUGCUUUAUGUAAAAAGUCAACAGACUGUUAAGACUCUUUGAGUAUAAAAUGAUCUUCUUUAUCCGUA